AUGGCGCCUAUGGAAGUCUCUCCCGACAGUGGCACAAAAAUCAAUCUUUCUAUGUUGGUUGAUUUCCUUCUACAGAAGACUUAUCAUGAUCUAACAGUGCUGUCAGAACUGUGAGUAUUCAGGAUGAUGCAAUUACCCCUUUUUUAUUUUUAGCGUGAUUAAAAAACUGUGCAUCCAGGAAGGAAUUCUAUUUUCCGACCGGGUAUUCGUGGUACAAAUUUUUUAAGUCUUUUAGCUCUCGUUAAUUUGUUGAGAAUUUUACACUUUAAAUUUAACUUUCAAGUAUAUAUAGAAGGUUUGAGAAUUUUUUUACCGGUGACUCUCUGAUCUGCAGGUUAAAUAUUGUCAUCUGACCAUAUAAAGGAAGUACAGGAUAAUUAUAUUUGUCGAAUAUGUCUUCGAAAUGCGUUUGCAAGAAUUUUGAAGUCUGUUUAUUAAUAUUUUUCUCGUAUCUUUCCUUAGAGUCUACGUUUAUAAGUUCUCUUCAAUCUAAAAUCCUAUGCAGAAUCUUAAGAUUCCAGACUCGUGCGGAAGUGUUGUCAAAUGAAUUCGAAGUUCUAAACUUAUUAGAACCAUGCACGAUUAUUAUGUGUGCGGUACAUUUACAUGUACUGUAAGUUUACAUUUAAAUUGUCUCGCAUCUACUUCUUUAGAGCUUUGUUGCAUGUUUCCAUUUUAGUUUAUAAAUGCAUGCACAGGAGAUACAAGUCCUUAUGAGAAGGCCUUGCAACAGAGAUCUUGCAAUGGAGACACCUGAUAUCUGUGACUUUGACAGACUAGGGUUAGGAAUAGUUUACAUUGAAAGAGCUAGUCCUGGAGAUACUAGCUUUUAUGAUAUUUUAUCAGUUCUAUACCUCUCAUUCCUUUUGACCUGAGAAGUGUCACAUCUUGAUCUAAAUUCUCUCAACCCUUCAACUCCCAUGAAAAACUACUGUAUCGAUACAAUAUCAAGCACACAAAAGAUGAGAAUAAAGAACAAUAUCAAUUGGGGAAGAAUCAGUAGAUCUAAUGUCAAGUUCUCCAAACAAACACCAUAAAAAUUAAAUAGCAGACAGUAAGGAGAGACACCAGUCAAAUCUUGGCAGUGAAGGGGUUAAAAGUAACAUUUAUGCAUUUAAUUCACAAUCAAACAGCAAGUGACAAUAAUGAUGGUAAAAUUAGCAAUACUAAUAAUAGUGGCCAUGAUAGGAAUAUACCACACAAGUGAAUAAUGCUCUUUGCACACACUGAGUGGUUAUUUCAGAAGUGAAUAGGAAGUACUGUUCACUUUUGUGCAGCUGAUGAGACAAAAUAAUGUGUCAAAAGUUUACUUUCUGACCAUUUUUGUUUUGGUAUGUUCAAAGAAGUAAACUAUUUUUUUGGUACCUGUGUGAUAUAUACAAAAACAAUUAUUCACCUCAGUGUUGGUGAAAGUGGUGGGUAUUUACCUCGCCACUUUGCAGCUCAGGAAAUAUUCAGGACUAAUCACCUGCACUUUGGUGAAUAAUUAUUAAUAAAAAUGGAACUAAUGAUAUAGAAAGAAGGGAAAUGCACCAGUAGUGUUAUUUUAUUCCUAUCAUUAACCUCGGUUACCUCAAUAUUUGUUUCUACAGGUUACCAAGGAAAUCUGAUAUAGAGAGGUAUGCUGUGAAUAUAAUCUACAUGUGUAACAUGUGCAUCCUGUUUUAGUUAAAUAUGAUUUCUGGUCAAAAUGAUUUCAGACUAUGUUUAUUUGUAUUUUCAAUGACUGAUCUGUAAGGAACCUGGAAUAAAGAAAAAAACUCCAACUUUUAGUUGGAAAAUCAUUUUAAUCUGUAAGUAAACACCCAUAUAAAGGGUCAUGUGUUAAAAAGAAAAUACUAGAGAUAUGGGUAAUGUAGUCUCUUUCCAUGGAUUCCACAAUAAGUGAUUGAAGCUCUUGCAAAUUUCCAUUUUUUGCAGAAAAAUUGAAAUUGUGCAGUUUGCCAGUAAAACACGCCAGCAGUUUGUGCGUCUGCUUGCUUUAGUGAAAUGGGCAGCAAGUGCCGAAAGGGUCGACAAAUGCCAGGUUAGUUAAUGUUGUCAUGUCUUGUUGGUCUACUUGUUAACAUGUUAUGAUUAUGUGUAAAUAAAUAAAUAAAUAAAUAAAAUUUAAAUAAAUAAAUAAAUGUGUAUAUUAUAUUAACCCUUUCACUUGGAGAAGUGACAAAAGGAAUUUCUCCUUAGAUCAUAUACAACACACUGAGAGUAAUUUAAAGAAAACAAAACAAAACUAAUCAAAUAAAUGCAAAGACAAGGCAAGUGAAUUGAACAUUACAAGACAAGUUCACAAAAGAACAAACAACUGCCACAUGUUAUACUAGCAUGCAACUGUAUGUUGUACAAUUCAAGAAGAAUUACAUUACAAUGUACUUCAUAUCUAACCACUGUUUCAAUAUCAUUUCACAUUUCUCUGAAUUGAUGAUAACCUUAUUAAAUAGUAUUAACCCUGCCAAACUCUUAUUCCUAUCAGGCAAUCUCAACUAUUUUGGACAAACAGUCUAUGCUGUUUGUAGACACUGCAGACAUGCUGGCAAGAAUGUCCAGAGAAACUCUUGUAAAAGCAAGGUAAGAAAAAUUACUUUUUGUGACUUGGAUUUUGUUCCAGAAGCAAGCACCCAAUGAAGGAAAAAGUUGCCAUGACAAUGUUACCAAGAUGCAAUUGUUGCCAUUUACUUUUCAUUUAAUAACUUUGAUGUAUCAUUAUUUUAAAUAUAUAUUAUUUUCAUUUCGCUGUGUCAUGGUAUCUCUUCCCCUCUAACUUAGAGGAUGGUGUAAAAAAUAAUCUUCCUCACAACUGAUGUGCUCACUAUCCUGGUGUUUUAUAGACUACCCACCUUCUGUUUGCCAGCCGCAGUGGAUGUCCUGACUGGGGGGACAUAUCCUCGUCUUCCAACAUGUAUUAGGGUGAGCACAGUGAAUAUUUUUUCUCCAGUCAACAGAAGUUUAAUGUAGUUGUAUAAUGAAAGAAUGUCUGAAAUGAGCUAGAAUUAUCAAUGAAGUAGAGAUACAUUUACCUUUGCAUUAAAUGAUUUUUGGUUGAUUGGAAACUGUCCUGAAAAAGUUUAUAUAUUCCUUUUUUUUUCAAAUUGACAUUAUUGAAUAGAGAGUUAUGUUUUGAAAGAAUAACUGGGUAACUUUUAAUAUAUUUUUUUUUUCUUGCAGGAUAAAAUUGUACCUCCAGACCCUAUAACUGCUGUUGAAAAGACAAAAACACUGCAAAGACUAAAUCAAGUCAUUCAACACAGACUGGUGACUUCUAAACUACCACCUGAGAUGGGUCAGAUGAUCAUUGGUAAGAAAAAGGCUUCAGUCUGUGAUGCACAGUUUGUAGAAAUGUCUGUUGAUAUUCUCCUUUCCCUUUUGAAGUCAGAUUGUUUAUAUUCCCACCUUGGAAGGUGGGAGUAUUUGGAUCAGAGAAUUCUAGGAGAAUGGGUCACAAAGGGAAAGAAGGCUUCUUUCCCCAAAAUGUUAUUUAUAAAAUAUUCUCUGGCAGAUACUCUGAAUGCAAGCCAUUCAUUUUCCCUAUGUUGAUCAAAAACAACUUCAUAAUUUGCAACUGCUGAUGAGAUACACAUGUAUCAAAUGCUGUAGCGCACAUACAAGAUCUGCUAUUAUUUUUGGUUCUGAAAUUCAAUGCAAGGUGAUCAUGUCAUUGGAUUUGUUCUCGUUACCUUGCAGCUGAUGGGAGAGUAAAGUUCAGAGUGGAACAUGAAUUUGAGGUACUGUGUACUUGUCAUGAUGUGAUGUCUAUUGGAUAAUUUCUUGUUAACCUAAGGUAGAAGCCAUCGGGUUAAGCUAAGCUAACUGGUAUAGGUUUAAGCUGUAGCAGGAGCACAAGCAAUGUUCAGAGCCUUCAUAACUCACUGGAGGCAGUUUGGUGCCAAGUGGUCAGGACACUAGACUUGUAAUAAAGUGGUACCAGGUUCAAGCGUGUCACCCUGCCACUCACUGAAUUUCUUCUUGUUUGCCCUCACUUCAACUCGCUGGGUACGCUUUGUAUAUAGGCAACUGGUCUGCUUCCUGCUAGUUGGAAUUUUUAAACACGAUGUUUAUUUACAAUGUUUGCUUCUAAUUUCCUAGUAUUAGGCCUGGAAAGCCCUAUGCUGUGGUAUUAUAAGUAUAUGUUACAUACAUUACAAAAAACUUUGAAUUCAUUUCUGUGCGACUGAUAGCUUCCUUUGCACCAUUAAUCAUGUCCUUCAUUACAGGUGAUGUUAACUCUCAUGGGCGAUGACUCUUCCAUCCCAUGGAGGGUUUUAUCGAUUGACUUUUUGGUUCAAGAUAUGGAAACUGGUGGUAAGGUUGUUGAAUAUAGUAGAAAGUAUUAGUAAACUAUUUUUUUAUUGACAGUGACAGAUUUCGCUGAUUUAUUUAAAAUCUUAAGUAUGAUAUUUUUUUGUUAACAGAUGGGAAGUCACUUGUUCAUGUCCUUCAGGUAAAUUUUUAGUGUUACAGGAAAUACAUUUUUAUUUUUAUGGUUUUUUUAAUAAAUAUUAGUGAUAAUUUUACCCAUUAAGCACAAAACUGUAUACAGUAGAUGUACAUAAUGAUGAAGUUGUAUUUGUCUUUACCAUUGUGGCUUUUAUCACAGGCCCAAUAUAUUCAUCAGCUUGUGCAGUCAAGAUUGUUUGCAGAAGAAAAUCCACUAGUUGACUUGUACAAAUGUUUACGUAUCCUUUAUUAUAACUUGUGAACAUUCUUCCUAUUUUUGUUCAGUUGCCUGCUUCUUUUUAUUUGAUCAUAUUCUUUCUUAUGCAACUGUCUAAGUUACAUGUCGUGUAUCUCUACUGUAAUUAGUUAUACAUAUUCAUGACAAUGUUAGCACAUAAUAUAUACAAGGAAGCACAUAUACUGGAUCUUGAUGUCUUCAUUUCUUAUCUCUUCAUUUCUUUGGUCAAAAGUAUAAAUUAUAGAUGGAACAUUACUUCUAUUAAAACAAGCCUGUAAUGUAUGUAGCUGCUGGAACUAUCCUAGUUUCUUUAGCAUGGAUUGACUCAGUAUUUUGCUUUUCUUCCUUGCUGGGUGAAAGGCCCUCACAAGCUCACUCACAAGUUUUAAUGUGUAGUGCAUGUUUUCACUAAGUUGGACCUGGUACACUCACAGUUUGGUUCCUUAACAAUGUGUUUGCAGAUUCAUUUUGUCUCUCUCUUCAGUUGCAAGUUCUUCACUUUCAGGUUUGUUGCAUACAUUCCAUUUAUACAUGUUCUUUCUGUAAUAAUUACUUACUUCUUCAUUCACUUCUCUCAUUGCUACUCAAUAGGCAAAACAGUUGAUAGCUGAGCGAUGGGGAGAUAAUGUUCGUAUAGAAGAGUAUGCCAUUGGCAAAAAGCUUGUUGUAUCAUAUUGGAGGUAUGGCUAUCUUUUGAGUUGAAACCAGCUGGUGAUACUCUUACUGCCUUUUAUUGAGAUGUGCCUGCAGUAAAGUCUGUAGAGUCAAGUAAAGUCAGUAAAGUCUUUGAAAGACGUGUUCAAAUUUUCCCAAGAACUGAUAAGGACUACAGUCAGCUCCUCCCUGAUAUGCCUGAUAUUACGUCUCUUGCCGAAUUUAGGAAUUACCUUGGUUCAGUAGCUUAAUAAGAGCAUGUCAAUUUGUAUACUUAACUUUUAAUAUUGUAUCGUAAUUAUUGUAAGUUGCAAUUUUUACUUUUGCAUUUUGUAAGUGGUUGGUGUGUUACCUAACUGGCUUUUACCGACCUAAUUGAGAUGAUUUGCAGUUGUUGUUGAUAGGAGACACUAAACUUUGUCUCUUUUUCAAUUUGUGUGAUGGUUGUGAAUUGACAGGACAGGUUUAUGUGGUAGAAAAUGGAAAAUGUUUCUAUAAAUUUUGGUCUUUUUAAAAUGCUAACUAUUUUUGAUGGAUCAUAUUUUACAGAAAUAAAGGUUCAGUUCAACAAGGUCAGAAAACAGGCAAGUUGUUGACUGUUGUGCAUUUGUGAUGUGCUUUUCAUUUAAUUGGAAUCUUAUACUGGUUUUCCAGGCUCCUUUUCACCUCCCCCAUUUUCAUUCAUUGCAUUUUCUAGCACUGCUCCACCAGCCUGAAUCCAGCUGAGACAAAGUUAAUGAAUUAACAAUCAAUAUUUCAUAAAUAAGCAUAACUUCUAAUUAUUAUGUUCUUUUUACUGCAGGUCAUAAAAUAAGUAUAUGUGGGGAUGCUAUUGAUGAACCAAGCAGCCUCUGUGUCCAACACUCACCAGCUCUUCCCUUUGAGUUUAAUCAGGAUUGCAUCUCUAAAGUCACUGUAAGCUCAGAAAUAUCAUUUCAUUUACUUGGUGAUCCAUUGUACAGUCGAGUGCCUAGUUGUCAAGCCUUGACAACUAAAUGGUUUAAAAAAGAAAAGGGCACCGUCAGUCUCAGAGGCUUGGCAGCUAAGCAUAGUACUCUAAAAUGAGCCUUUGUUUUCUAGCAUGAACCAGUAGCCACUACAAAGGAAGGAUUUUUAUUCAUUCUUUGUUUUGUUCUUGUUAUCAGCCUGGUGACCUGUACAUAGAAAAGCUCCUGACACUUACUAUAAAAGCUCAGUCAAACGUGAAGCUUAAGGUAAUGAAAAGGUGAAAUUGUUACAUGCUAUUACCAAUCCUUGAUUGUGUUGCUUAUGGAGGUUGAUUUCAAUGGCUCAAGCAAGUUUCAUUAGUGCAUACCUACGUUAUCAUCUUUUUUUUUUAACCCAAAUUAAGAGAUAUGAUUCAAAUUUUUCUCUGCUAUACAGUUUUUUUAAACAAGCUUUUAUUUCCUUCAUCUUAUCUUGAGGUAAUAGACCCUAUGCUUAUAUCCUUAUAAAGGUAAAUACAAAUUAAAGUAGUUUGAAAUAAGUGAGGAACAAACAUAUUUGAACUAGAGCAUGUCCAUAGUGUAUGUAACUACAUGAAAACCAUCUUUGAAAUGUGCAUUGUAGGGAUUACUUCAGAUGUUGACACAGGAUUCAUCCUUGAAGUCCAGAGGUAUGCAUUAUAACCGCAAACGCUAAUAACUCGUAUCCAACUGAACAAAUGAAGGGAAUCAAACUAUAGAACACAUAGUCAGAACGCGCUGUCAUAACACAUUGUUGAACAAGGUAACUGAAAAUAACAAAAUUACUAACACACGAAUAGCAUAAAAUAACUUACAAUGUCCGUAAUGAAAAGUACUGGACAAUGACAAAGCGAAAUAAACGAGGAAACUUACAAGACGAAUGUGACCAAAACCCAAAAGACGAAAAGAUGAAAACCGAAGCAACUAGACGAUACGUUCCGCAAACUAGGAAAGACAGCUAACGAAAUAAAUUACGCGCCAACAGAAUAUAUACGAUAUGCAAAUAAAUAUAACAAGUACAAAACUGGUAACUGUCAAAGGAAACUAAUGAAGACGAAAAACUAAACACCUAACACGAAACUAUGAACCAAAAAAUACAUUCUUGCGCCUACAUGUAUAUUUCGCUGGUCUAGCACAUACGUGUACAUGUACAUUUACAUUGUGAGAGGUAAGGUGAAGUCUGUACUCGAGCCUAUUGGUCCAUCCAGCCGAAGCUUAUUCCAGUUUCCAAGGAGCAUAAGGCAACUCCGGGUAUUACUACUCCCCUUACCCCCGAGCAUUUCAUUAGGCUUCCCUUACAAAUCGUCAGUACCCAUUUAUACUUCUGGAUGGGGAGAGGCACUCUGAGAGUAAAGGGGGUAAGUUUCUGAAGAAACUGUGGUGCUGCGUUGGUGGGAGAGUAUAGCAAGGUAAUUUAGUAUUAUCAAUUCAGUUGAUAAUGUAAAUUGGCCACAGUAAAGAGUUAAAAAGCUGUCGUUUCGAGCGUUAACCCUUCGUCUGAGCAAAUGGAGGAAUUGUGUGCUUCGCCUUCGAACAAAACACAUUGACUUGGCCAGGUCUCGAACCCAAACCUCUCGACUUUGAGUCCAGUGUACUGACUGUUAUAGACCACUACGACUACCACUGCCCUAGCUCAUGAACUGCACACAGAAAAUAAUAUUAUCACUGCAUAUCAACUAUGAAACUACUUUACAAGUUUUUUUUCUUUUGUCACAGUCACGCUGGAUGACUUUUGCCCAAGUCUUGUGAUACAAGUUAUGCCUAACUCCACCCCUGCAGAGAUUCUGAUUGUCACGGUUGGAAAGAGGAAUGGAAUUUUUCAAGUGUCACUGGGUAAUGGUGAAGGUGAGAUUAACGUUUGGUGCAAAACCAGUGAGCCUUUUCAGAUCAGACACGUAAGUCGCCAGGAAAAUUAAUGAAAAAAAAAAUACCAAAAAGAAAACAAAAAAAGGGAAGAUCUUUUCCGAUAUCACUCAUUGUACAAGUGAUCAUACCACUGCACCAUCCUUAACGAUAUCAUAGGAAUAAAAUGUUGUGGUUGUUAAAAGUUGCUAAGAGAGUGUUCUGUUGGGUAUAUUUUCAUGUUUUACAAAGUAAUGAAUGUCCUUGAUUUACAAAUCUCUGUUUCUCUUUGUUUAUUUUCCUCUGUAGACAAUGCUGUCUGUACAGAGCUUGAAAACACAUUGAACGUAAAUUUGGAUCAAUUUAUUACUGUGUUAAGAGAUGCAAGGUAUGACAUUCAAUUAUCACCCUGGUUGUUGCUAUCACAGCUGCUGCACCAAAGCAGCACCACAAUUUCUUCAGAAACUCAGCACCUUUAGUCAGUCAGCUAACCAGUUAGUCUGUCUCAGUCUGUCAGCUAGCUCGUCAGUCAUUCAGUCAAUCUGACAGUCAGUUAGUCAGUCAUUCAAUUAGUUACAUACUCAAUGCUUACUUCUGUAUCAGUUUUCAAUGCCCUACGGUUUUCGUUUACAGAUGUCAGCUGUAUGUGCAGAGAUACAUGAAAUCCACAGUUCAUCUUCCCGUCACUGUCUCCUUGUCUUUACCGGUAGUGAACUUAGCAGAUCACAAAUUGUCCCAGCUCAGCAAACAUAAACUUUACAUCCAGUUCCGCCGCCAUCCAUCUUACUGUCUGGUUAGUGAUUUCUAUUCCAAAAUAAAAUGUUGUCUUAGUAUAUUGGGAUGCUUUUACGCUUUUUGGGGAAACGGUAAAUACAUGAAUAAAUACAUAUUGGCUUGUCGCUCACACGAAAUUCUUGCGUGGUGCAAGCAGUUGCAUAUACAGUUGUAGUUUGUCGUUCUUCCUCGAACUCAGGUUGCAACUCAAAGGAAACUUGUGAGAACCGUUUUGAAAUUUAACAUUACCAACUCUUUGAAGAAACCUUAGUGCCUUAGCUAUAUAAGGUGCGAAACCAACUAAUGAUAGUUAUAAGCCGAAAAGAGACAUGGGUUGUUCAAGUUGCUCAGCGCUGACACAGAUAGCGCGUUAUCACAGAUCGCGCAUUAACACAGAUCACGCGUUAACACGAAUCGCACUCAAGGCAAAUCACAACAAAUGAAAGUAGUCUUCACUUCAAUUUAGGUGGUCGAAGUACUUUGUAACAAAGAUUCGGAAGAAGCCACCACAAAGUAUCAUCUCUUAAAAGUAAAACCUACGUUUGGCGAUGAAGCAAAUGAGGCGAGCGCAUCAACUGACACAGGCAGUGGAGAUCAAAAACCCAAACGAGUUGAGGUCAAGAAAGAGGGAAGAAAGAGCCAAGAUCGAACAAGACAAAGCUGCGAUGGAACAAGGAAUGCUAUAGCAGAGAAUAAUAAGAGAAGACGCGCAAUCUUCUUGAUUGCUGGUCACAUGGUCACCUUGAAUGCGCAAAAAAUGACAGAUUACGCUGGGACACCGCUUGAAGGUAAAACAUGGAAAGACUUGCGGAAUUGUACUUCAAGGCCUUUUUAUUCGACAGGAACCGAAGGAAACACAAAAUAUUGAUUCAAUAAAAUAAAGAGACACCAAAUUAUAUAAAGUAAGAGCAAAAGGAACGUGGAUGGCGCGGUUAGUGUGUAAGGGGUUAAACACACACAAGAAAAUAGAAAAUAGUCUUUGGAAACUGGAUCAAUACCAUAACAUAUGAUAUGCUCGAUCCUAACACUCUCUUCUUGUUCUCAAAGUAACACAAUUUUUGUAUAUCCCUUUCAUUAUGUCUUUUCUGGAAGGCUAUCUUGUAAUCUUGCUAUUUUGUUAAUUUAUUUAUUUAUUCAUAUAUAUAUAUAUAUAUAUAUUUUUUUUUAUUCUUAUUGAAAUUACUCCAACUAUUUUUAUUUGUUUUUCAUGGCCCAAGCAGGUUUUCAUUCCAGCCGUAAAGACGAUGAAGGAAAAAAACGAAAGGUAAAUGUUCCUUAAGUGUUGGUUUCAUACCAAAAACAUAUUUUUAGUCAUGAUUUCGACAAUGUUUGUAUCGUCAACCCCAGUACCUCCUUAGGAAUUCAUCUUUUCGAUUUCGCAAAUGAAUUUCGCAUGUUUUGGCUGCUAAGGUUAUCACAAGAACCAGUCAAAAGAGAGGAAAAUAUGACACGGAGCUAAUUAGAACUCAGAGCCAAGUGUCUCAUCCAAGAGCUGAACAGAAUGACAAGACGCUGCCUCAAAACUGGAAUUCUAGCACACGAACGUCGGCUCCAUUACGUCUUCUACUCUUGGUAGAAGAUGGAUAUGUAAACAAAAAUGUUGUUUGCCGUUUGUCUUAUAGCUCGACUCUUCAGAGGAAGAACUCCAUGGUAAAAAGAAACAGAAGAGCUUAAAAGAUGUUUUAGAAGAAGGAAGAAAUAACUCUACUUAUCAACCGACAAUGGGUCAUGUGGUUGCUAUUUGUCACGCAAGAAUACCAUUCAUUCAGCUCCGCGAAGAGGUAAGUUCACUUACACUGAUAUUUCUGGAUUAGAUGAAACUCCUCAGAGAAAAGUAAUAACCUGUAACAUAAAAAGAAUCACGGGUUAUAAUUAUUAUUACGGAUUCGGUUUUUCCUAGAUCCGCCAAAGGUUAGUUCCUGCAGAGAAACUAAUUCCGCAAAUAAGACUUUGCGAAAAUUUACUUCAAUCCGUCACUGGAAAACACUGCAUGCGAAUGAAGAGUCAUUUUGAAGUCGGACUCACUCGAAAUAAUCAUCUUCGAAUUGUCCACUCUGUAAUUCCUCUUUGCAUUACUUAACGGGUUCGGAAGUUUGAAAAUAUUAUGUUUUUUAUCGCGUUGAAGUUCUGCUGCUUGAAAUGAAAACAGAAAAAGAUGUUUCCAAGCAGAAAUGUCAGUGAUCUCGAACUGCUAACACAAAAAAUAUUUCCAACCCGCAAAAUGAAACUCUUUCAAAUCGUCAUGCUAAACGGUAAUUAUCUUUAUGUUUCCUUUUACUUUUUUUUCUCUUUAUCUCUCUUUGUUAUUUCUCUUUUUUCUAAUUUUUACCUUGUUUAUUUUCAGCUGAGCCGACAUAAGAUUAUCGACCAAGACCUGACGUCAGAGGCUGGAGUCGGGUUAGCUGUCCGAUUGUCUAACCUACCCCUCCCUAGAGACUGUGACGCGUCAUUGGUUCCAGCCCCACAGCCAAGUGUCUUGGAGUGCGUGCUGAGACUUCCUGAUGAGUCACAAGGAACCUGUCUCCUGGAAAUGAUUAUGGAUAAUUGUCCACUAGAGGGACUGUCAGCGAACGAAAAGGGCCCCACCCGGCAUGUGUUGUUUGAAUAUAAAAUUCAGGAGGGGAAGGCUCACAACGUCAAUAACAACAAGGGUGGAGAAGGUGACAAUGAUUGGGCAAAACUUGUGGUUGGAAAGCUUUUGAAUGAUUGGUAUAGUGUUUGCAAGUUGUACCGACAUGCCGUGGAACUGGAUACUUUUCUUAAAGGUUGGUUGAUCUUUCUGAUUUAAUAUUGCUGUAUAUGAUUGAAUGUCUUGGUAGCCUCAAACCAAAUGGUUUAAUUUCGAGAGGUGGAAACGUUUUCGUGUGUUCGUGCUUCCUGUCGAAAGCGUUAUGUUCAACUUAUUUUGCUGGUUUGUUUGACAGAUUCACAAAGCCAUUUUCGUCAUAUGUGCCGUGUUUAUUCUUACGACUACAAACAGCUGACACUACAGUACGACCCUGAUAAACAAAGUUUGGUAAGUAAUGAAUGAUAAGACCUAAUUUCCAUACGAUAAAUGGUGAUCGUUUUUUUCGCCCUCUUUUCACAGAAAAGCGUCUUAAAAUUUGAAGUAACUUUUUGCGCUGUACAAAAAUUACUUUAAAGUAGAGAAGGACCUCAAAGUGCAAGUCCGAUAAGACUGACAACUAAAUAAAGAAGAAAGAAAGAUAUGUAAGGAUGGAGAAGAAUCAAACGGAUCUUCACUAAUAAUUUCGCUAAUUUUUCUCACGGUGUACUAACCAUGACGUAUUUCGUUUUUGGAAACCCUUUCAUGUAAUAUGUUGUUUUGUAUCCUCGUUAUCUCUCGUAGGUGACUUUCGAAUGGUCUGUGGAGCAGUCUCAGUUUGUUUUGACAUUGGGGUAUUGCGGCUCAAGUCUGAGUGCAAAUCCACAGAGUUACACCGCCAGGCAUCUACAACAAGAGUUCAACAAUCAUCAGAAUCUGCCGUAUAUUGUACAGGUAUUAAACUGAUCUCCACGUACCGUGAAUUUUAGUCAAUGAAUUAUUGGUUAUUCUAGUCAAAAUGUUUUCGAUUAGCAGUUUUGUUUCCUGUAAGGGAAUGCCAGGAAGAUUAAUUUUAACAGAAUUUUUGCCUUUUCUUAUGAUUGAAGAUCGUUAAAGGAGAAUGCUCCGUCCAUGUUUAAGACCCGAACUCCUUCCUUUAAAAAGUUGGGCGGGGCGCGUAGCUUUAAGGAACAGUGAGAUUGACCCGAACUCAGUGGGUUUUUGUCUUGGCCAAAGUUAUUGUCCUGUUUUCUUGGACAUAACAGGGGUCUCUCAUUGAUUCUCUCGUAACCUAGACUACAAGAAGUCCCUCUUUCCCAUCUUGGUCUGUCGCGCGAGUCGGUGUUAAGCAAAAACACACCUACAAAACAAACAAACAAACAAACCGCGAAUGAUCUGUCGGCGCUCAAUCACCUAGAGAGAGAGGCUUGCGGCGACGAAGGACUAAUCUUAGUCUAUUCUGGCGAAACCCUGGCUGUUCUUUUAAAUGGGAAAGCACAUUAUGCAGAACGAGUUGCGAUGGUGGGCGUUUGUUUUCACUCAAAUUUAACUAUCUUCCUGUCUGUCUUUAGAUUCUUCACGAAACGUUUCGACCACUCUCGGCCCUAGCAAAACUCAGUAGUAAGCCAGUUCUUGGUAUACAUAUCUAUGUAAGUAUAAAUCUUCACUUUCAUAAAUUUUGCCUUUGGAGAAAAAUGCGCAUGCGGCUGAGUGAUUCUAAAAUAACGCGGUGGCUUAGUGGAAAGCGUGCUUGACUCUGGAGCGAAAAGUCUGAGUUAAGUAGUCUCGUUUGUUACUUUGGGUUUUCUUCUCUCUUUGACGUUUAUUUCUCUUAUGAUAUAUUAUUUCAGUGUUUCCUUCUAUAUUCAACCUGAGUUGUUUUCUACUCGCAAUUUUUUUUCUUUAACAGCGACCUCUCACACCCUUGAGGAAGUUUACCGUUCUCCCCCAGUCUUCCUCACAUGUGCUGCUCGUCUACAGAAACAGGUAUCCUGCACAAUUGGCUCUCAUAGUGCAAAACACGGUGAAUUACAAAAUCGUUUUUCCUAUUUCCCAUUUCCUCUUCUUCUUCUUUUUUUUUUUUCGUCACGCACACAAAGUUAUUCUCGCACGAUAGUGGUUAUCAAUUUCUUUACUCUCUCAGUAGACUGAAUGAUCAAGGCUCCUGUCGCGCUGAUUCUCGAAAUGUGCGUGCAAAAUUUAAAAUAUAUCGUAACACGUUCUUAACUUUCUCUCUUCCUUAAUAGUAACGCUCUGGAAAUUCGUUUUCAAGCGAAGAAUCUUGUUGCCAUAAGAGGUAUGACUAACUCUCAACAAAUUUCUUGAAUGUCUUCUAUUGAUUGCGAUUGUAACAGCAAGAGAUCCUAACUCGUAUCAUCAACAAACAAACAAACAGCCCGGGAUUUUUGUUCGGGAAAAGCAAUAAGACCCAGUCUCACCUAUCUGGUCUAUGAUUGUGCAGAUGAAUUUUGAUCGCAUUUCCGUAACUAUUGUCAUUUUUUCAGUUUUCUCGCCACAAAAAGAAACUACAGCGGUUGUUGAUUCCGUUUAAAACAAUUUUUGCUUCUGAAAAAAAGGCCUUUCAUGUAACUUUUCUGUGUUAGUCAGUAUUGAUGUUUAUACAGUUCUCGAAGUAAUUGUGCAUUUUUUCUCUUUUUAUCAGAUGCCUUCUACAGUGUGGUGGAUCCAAGUAAGGGCAGAGGAUUUUUUCCGCCAAUCCCAAAUUUGAAGGUAUGUUUGUGCCUUUCUAGCCUAUGUUUUGUCCCUGUUAAAAGACAGUGAAGAAAAAGAUAAGUGGCAAACUUCAUGCGACGACAUUAACCACUAUAAAGACAAGAGAAAUUCGUAGAUCAUUAAGCUGACCUUCCCUUUUUGUUUCCUUAACAGAUCUUUCUUCAAAUGUACAUAGACGAUGUUGCCAAGACCGGAGGAAUCACUUCCCGUAAUACUUCAACCGCAGACGACGAGGCCCCUCCCUCGCCUAUUACCAUGGAAACGGACGCACCUGUGAUUGAAGCACAGUUUACGUCACCACAGCCGGUGCCUGGCACCGCAAAUCUUACCGCAUCACCCAUGAUCCCUCGCACCUCGCCCCAAGCCCCUGCUGCCUCGGUCAAUGUGCCAUCGCCAUUUUCUGCGUCGCCGAAUGUUCAUAGUCCGGGUAAUAUCUAUGGUGUUGGUUCUCCAGGUGAAUUAUUUUGAGAUAUUUCUGAACAAUAAUCUUUGCGCAAAAAAUUAUUUUUGUAUUCUUUUCCCUCUUGAUCUGACCGACUCCACAUAGUCCAAUUCUGUUUGGCAAUUGUUAAUGUAUGGGGCAGGAUUCUUUUUUAUUGUUUUCGGAGCUCAUUUGCAGAAUGGUUAUGCCAAUUUCCUUGAUUUACAAUCCUUAAUUACUUUGGUGAUAUACGAAAGGUGUGCAUUUUCGUUCAAAAACUAAUUUUUUUACGGAAAACUCGGAAAAAUUUUUGCCUCCUAUGUACGAGCAAUCAAAAUUUGUCACAGUAAAUUUACUUGAGGGAAUUGUUUAUUUGGAAAAAGCUCUUCAGUCUUCCUUGAAGGGAAGAAAAACAGGAAAUAAAGUGUUAACUCAACUAAAAGUUAUUAUUAUUGCUUACUGCUGGGUGGCAGAUGUUCUGAAAAAAGAUUUGGCAGGGAGAGAUAUUUCAUUAUGUAUUCUCCGUGUUAUAUUGAUGUCUUAAAAUUUAAAACACAAAUGGUUGGUGCUUGUAUGUGCAAAUUUGCGUCAAGCACUAUUGUUAUAAGCCUAAUUGUAAUUAGUUAGCUAAUGAUUUUAAUUCAUUUGUAAACUAUGCCCUGUAAACUAAGCGUCUUCUCCAACUGCGGUACCUAAAUGCAACAUAUCUUGCCCUUCCAUCACUUUCUCCUUCAAUACAAUUUUUUUCGUUCAUUCAAUUUUCAAAGAAUACAUCGCUUCUUUUUACUCCUCUUUACUCUUCAAACUUUACUUUUUCUUAUCUUUACUCUCGCUUUCCCCUUUUUCUGGAAUAUGUCUUUCACCAUACAUGUUUGUGCAUUUAAAAAACUUUUUUUUUCUGUUUAUUGUCUGAUAAAUCAGUAAUCGUCGACAUUGCAGUCGACGCACAGAUCUGACAUCGUCUCUGUUUGCUUUCUUUAUCGUUUUUUCUCGUUCGGUUCGUUCGUAAAUUAAUCAACAUCCAUUACGUUUUUGUCUACAUUGAUGCCUGCACCGUUCAGUGGCUUCUCUUUCCACUAAUUCUAACUUCGCCUCGAUAUCAGCUGGCUGUUAAAUUAAUGAGCAAAUGCCUUAAAUUUAGAAAGAUGCAAACGACGAUCAGUAAAUGGAAGCAAAGACAACAAUUUUUAUUUUCACAGGUUUUCACUUUUUUGUCAUUAAAAAAUUCGGAAAUAUUCAGAAGGACGAAUUCACCUUAAAAAACGAAGCCUUGGCUAAAGGAUAAACAAACAAACAAAAAAACAAAUUGAGAGAACAGUAUUUUUCGAAAUGAAACAGGAUGAUUGGAAUCAGUUAAUAAAGGUGCCUCAAGAACCACGGUCAAACUCAAAACGAGGGAAAGGUUUUGAUUCCGUUAGAACGAACCGUCUUCUUUUUAAGUGUGGUCAUGUCCGUCUUUGGGACGCACAAACAUCUCUCUGUUUCUGAACCACAGCUGCUCAGCUCUCGGCUCUUCUACAGCCUUCGCCGGCAGCACCUCAAAGCUUAGCCCCGUCUCCUGCCGGCUCUCUCGGUCUUCCAGUGCUGUCUCCGGCUACCAGUCACCAGUUUGUCACUCCGUCAUUAGGCGGCUCUUCUCCAGCUCUCUCUCAUUCCAUCCCUGUUACGUCACCAGGGUCGUGGCCCAUGUCUCCACAGUACACUGGUAGCAGCCAGGGUUCCAAGUACAGGUGCGUAUUUAAGGUUGCUCGUAAAUAAACCCUUGUAUCUAUUCUCACCAUGAGAGACAGGUACUUGACGUCAAGAAGGAUCAUCCAGUCUCUUGAAAAGGUGCGACUCUUUUGGAAGGCCUCUCUGGUGGAACUGUGAAAAAAUUCCUGAAAUUAAUCCAAGUCUUAUUUCAACUUCUGUUACUAAGCAGUAGCGUCACCCUGUCGGAAUGCGCUAGCACUGAGAUCUUUGAAACUUUUUAGACACGGAAGAUUGUAAUUGCGAAAUUUUGCGCACAUCGGCUGAGAACUUAGAAACGUGCCAGUAUUUUAUAUAAAUUGGUCCUCAGUUGCAGACAGCGGCCCUUAAAAAACUCGUAGUGCUGCUUUCAACAUAGGCUUGGUUACCAGUAGCUCUCCCGGUAUGGACUUGCGCUGCUCUCCCGGUAUGGACCUGCGCUUCGAAAGGAGAGCAGUGAAAAUCGAGCUUACAUGCAGUGGUUCUUUUCUUAAUCAGCUUACGAGUAAAACGUGGAACAAACAAGUGUCUCUGAAGGUUCCUAGACAAUCUCAGAGUCUGAUCGCGUGGCUGUCUGAAAGCACUCACUUAUUUGGUUAUCUUAAGAGUUGAAAUUAUCUCAUUUGCGAUCGUUUUUAUUAUACCUUGAUUCACCCAGGCCCUCUCCAACUCCCCAACCAAUGCAAUCAGGGAGUGGAUUAAAGCAACCAACCACUCCACCUCGACCGCUGACUGCAAGAACGUGGGCUGCUACUGUUCCAACAAUACUGUCUCAUAAAGCGUUGAUCAAAUUGUGUACCCCAGUCCCCGUGCCUUGCUCGGUCAGGCACGGCCCACCGGUCAUGGUAUCUCCGUUGGAGCGGUUCCUGUGCUGCAUGCAUUUAAAACGGCAUUUAACGCGGUGCAUCCAAGAUGAAUUGUCCACCAAAGUUAGUAAUUGAUAAGUUAUAAAUAUGGAUUAAAUAUUGGUGGUUUUGAUUUGGAAAUUUACACUACUUAAACGCACGGACAUGUGCGUUAUUCUAUCGCAUUGUUUUAGUUAUGCAUUCUGUCAGUCAGUAAAGCAAGAGAGUUUGAAAGUCAUUUACAGAAACAGUCAGUUGGUGAGAUCAGUCAGACCGUAAUUUAGCUACCUAGCGAGGCAGUUAGCCAGUCAGUCAUUCAUUUACUCGGUCAGUCAGUCAGUUAAUCAGUCAGUCAGUUUGUCUGUCCGUCAUUUGGUCUGUAAGUCAAUCAAUCAAUCAGGCAGAGUUAUUCUAUCAGUCAAUUCAUCUGUCAGUCAGUCAGACAGUUUGUCUGUUUGUCAGUUACUCAGCUAGUCAGUAAGUUAAAAAGUCUGUGUGUCAGUUGGUCAGUAACUGCGCUUGUCGGUCAUUUUUUACAAUUAUACGCUUUCAUCUACUUGUCAUGGCUGUCACCAUCAAGUUAGCUUUAAGUGUUUCGUCCAAUUAUUUUCCCACAGCUAUCUUUACUAAGGAAUGAACUUACUUUGGCGUUCAAAACAACCCAACCAACGACAAACCUGCAGUACUUUGUCAGUACUGAUCCAUCAUACACAGCGCUGCGACUCAGUGCCAAGCCUCUACCCGGUCAAGGUACGAACUGUAGUCCAUCAGACGCCUUCUUGUACUCGUCAUGAGCAAAGCUGGUCCCAACUUUUCACGACACUCUUUUGAAAAUGGCUCUUAUAUCGUUCCUCUUAAGUACGAGCCCAUCGCACCUUAACCACCCUAAGGGCGUAGCAGGGGUAAGGGGGCCCAGGGAUGCCCGUGACCCCUUCUCCCCCCUUGCACCCCCCCUUUUGUAACCCUUUUUUGUCGCGUUAAGUAAAACACGGUGUGGAGGACAUGACAAUAUAACGAGUACCCUCUUUUUGAUAUGAGUAACCCCCCCCUCCACCCCCUUCGUUUUGUCGGUUUUCGAAUUUGUAUUAAUCUUACAACUUUCCUUUCUAGCAGAAUUUUCCUGGAAAGAUGAACUAAGUACUCUUGAGAGAUUCUUUGAAACAAGGGUAUGUUAUCAAAAUUAGCGUGAACUCUUUGUAUAGCUUUUUUCUGUAUUUGAGAUUCCUUUAACUCCUAAGAUUUGGGUGUUAAUUCUCCCCUUUAGCUGCGACACAUUUCAUUGUAAGUUAGUCAAGAGAAUUUAGUGUGAGAUAUAGAUAAGAACUUCUACCUGAUGAGUUUGAGUUUUCUCAUUAACUGUUUGCUGGGUAAUGUAUGGAUAUUAUAGAGAGAAGUUACAUUUUAAUCACUUCUGGAAUCAAAAGGGUCAACUAGAUGGCAUAGAUUUUCAUUUGAAUUUGUUUUCUUUGUUUGAUGUGUGUUUCUCAUUGGUUUAUUUUUGUGUGCACAUUCUUGAUUUUUCCAACUUGUAUUCGAUUGUUGUUUGUGGUAGGUUGUUCCUCUCUGCUGCUAAUGUGUCUAUGCGAGCUUGAAAUUGAAAUUGCGUUUGUUGUCUUUCCUUCAGGUGGCCUGUCCUCCUUACAAGACCAGUGCUUUAACAGCGUUCGCUCGAAUUCUGUGCGCUCCAGCCAACAUACUCCGAGACUGUAUCAAGAUUAUGAAAUUGGAACUGGUAAGCGCUUCGUCUGUUUCUUUUUAUUCAAUUUUUCCGUGCCACCAUCAAGCUUACACGGGUCUCCAAUUGCUCAGUGAGUGAGAUCCUAUUAAAAGUCCUUACUUUCGACUUAUUAGAUUAAAAUGUUAUCUUUGAAGCAAGAAAUGUAGGCUUAAAAUCUCACCAUCCUCACUUCCCUUGAAAUCCGAAUCCAAAAGGUUUGGACUCUCGUCUUUUGAGGUUAAGUUGAAUGUACAAGACUCAUCCAAAUGAUCUUGUUUAGCUUAGACAAGUACUUAGAAGAAAGUUACAGGCCCCUCUCCAAUUGGGAGCUCUCGAAAUUCUGUUGCACGAUUGUGCUUGUGUUUCUGAACUGAAAAUACCCAACUGAUGUUGUGUGGACCCUUUUUCCGCAGAAUCAUGAUCCAAACGUGUUGAAAUGGCGCGUAGAAUGGUGCCUCAGUAUACCCCCCAACGGACCUGAGAUUGCGCCUCCCGGAACCCCAGCAGUGGUCCUGAAAGGGAAAAUGUUGUUCUUUGUAAGUUGAUUUACCUUGGUCCGCGUUUAAAAGUUUGAACAAAUAUUACGGUCUUGCAACUAGAGUGGAUCUAACAACACAAUCGCCCUAUUUACGAAGUCAACAACUCGUUUGAAUUUGCAAUUGAUGUCCAGCAAUCGGGAGAAACCACCCUUGAUUUAUUUUGUUGAUUCAUGUAUUUAUUUUUGUCAUAUCUCUUUGGUUUUUGUCUUUCCCGGCAAACGAAAAAAAGGGUUGUAGUUAUUUUAAAGUAAACUCUCUUGAAUGUUAAAAGUGGCUUAAACCGUCCUUUCAUUCUUUCUUUAACUUUCCCUUUUUGUUUUCUGUAGAUACAACUUAGCAGGCCUAUCCCGUCAUCCCCAACAGGCGAAGAGCAAAUAGUUACAGUUCCCAUUCUCUACGACAUACAGAACAACACAACCCAGCAGGCUGAGAUGCCGUCGCGUCCAGCUCUUUCCGCCGGCUCGGUCAUGAGUUCCAAUCAUGCUGCCGUUGUGAAUUCAACCUUGAGGCGGUGGAACGAAAUAACACCAAGAACAGGCGAGUUGAUAAAAAUACAAUUAUAAGGUUCACGGAUUCAGAAAAGGCAACUUGUCUUAGUUGACUUCCUGUCUAAAAUCGUGAGCAAAACAGGCUAACGAAGAAUCUUUUUUUCACAAAUUUAUUGUAAUGAAAACCUCUUUUUUCUGUUUAAUUUUGGUCCGAUUAGUUUUGGGGAUUUCUGCAUCCUGUACCAUUACGCUUUUAGGCAGUUAUUCUAAUUCAUACGUCCACGAUAUGACUGGUUUGGAAGUUACUCUCAAUUGUCGUAAAAAUUACCCAAUCUAACCUGAAUUGAUGGUAAGAGAAAAUUACCCUAAAAAUGUUUCAGUUGCGUGAGAUCAAGAGUGACCAGCAUCUUUAAGGAAAUGAUCACCAACUGUAGACAAUCUUGAUUGUUGAAUAAAUUCUCUUUCUUAGCGCCUUAGGAAAUGUAUAGAGAACAGUAUGGAGAAUAUGCAUAUUGAUGUAAAGAGUUAAGCACAGCAUUUGCUUCCUUGGGAACAUUUCAUGUUCUUUUAAUUACAUCUUAUCUGUUUUACAGGUGAAUGUACCAUAUUUUCAGCGGUGUUUGAGCUCGCCCGGAACCUUGAUAUUCCUCUGUAGACAACAAUUAUUUAUUGGACGAUAAAACAUUGUACAAUUUUUAUCCCGUAAAAAAACUGACAAAGUCAAAAACUUUAACACUAUGGAUUGAAAACAUGAUAUUGAAGCUCUCUGUUGUAGUAUUAAACCUCGGCUCAACUCUUGUGGACUGUAUGUAUCUGUUUUCCUUGAGCAAAUUUAUCACUCUCCCUGCGAAACUUUUUGGGCUGCAAUAUUAAUGCUCUUUGGGAGGGCACAAAAACGGCAUCCCUAAACUCAGCCCUUUAAUUUUGUUUGAAACAAUUUGGUGAGUAACACCGCAUAGUUGUAAAACCAAGACAAUAAAAACCAAACUGAAUG